AACCUCGCGAUUUGUUCUAGAUUUCACGUUCCCGUCACCAACAAUAAGGAAACAAGAAAAAAAGGGCGGAGACGGAGGAGGACGGAAGCUGCGACCGUCCCACAGAGAGAGAGAGAGAGAGAGAGAGAGAGAGAUCCUCCCUCCCUCCCUCUCCCUCCGCCCCAUCGUUGCCCUCCUCGUCUCUCUCGCCCAUCCUUAGAUCCGCCACCGAUCUGAUCGGUCCCCCGGCUAAUUGCAAGAUUCUAAUCAGGAAAGAAAGCAAGAGGAAGACCAAGGAUGGCGGAGAUGGUAGACCCCGACGGUCCCGACGGCGUUCGGAUGACAUGGAACUCGUGGCCGCGGUCGAAAGUGGAGGCGAGCAAGUGUGUCGUUCCCAUCGCCUGCGUCUACUCCCCGAUCCGCACCUCGCCGGACCUUCUCGUCCUCCCCUACAGUCCUCUACGAUGCAAGUCCUGCGCCUGCAUCCUUAAUCCUCAUUGCCGCGUCGAUUUCUCCGGCAAGUUCUGGAUCUGCCCCUUCUGCCUCCAGCGCAACUCUUUUCCGCCCCAUUACGCAAUGAUCAGCGAGACUAACGUCCCUGCUGAGCUCUUCCCGCAGUACACCACUAUAGAGUAUGCCCUCUCCGGCCCUGGCGUCGGAAGCGAUAUCCCGGCUCCUCCGCCUGUCUUCCUCUUCGUUCUGGACACCUGCGUUAUUGAGGAGGAGCUAGGAUUCGUCAAGUCGGCCCUCCGGCAGGCUCUUGGUUUGAUCCCUGAGAACGCCCUCGUGGGGCUCAUCACGUUUGGGACGCAGGUGCACGUGCACGAGUUGGGAUUCCCGGAUCUGUUUAAGACGUACAUUUUUAGAGGAACGAAGGAGAUCUCGAAGGAGCAGAUCUUGGAUCAGCUGGGGCUGGCUGGGCAGCGGGCGGCCGGUUACCAGAAGGUGCCUGCCGGCAGGCCGGUCGUUGCUAAUGGAAUGACCACGGCAUCUGGGAUUGUUGGGAGGUUCUUGCUCUCUGCGGCGGAUUGCGAGUACACGCUGAAUUCGCUGUUGGACGAGUUGCAGAGGGAUCAAUGGCCUGUGCAACCAAGCAACAGAGCAGCGCGUUGCACAGGCGUGGCGCUUAGCGCGGCGGCAGGUCUGCUUGGUGCAUGUGUGCAGGGGACUGGUGCUCGAAUCAUCGCCUUGGUUGGUGGUCCAUGCACAGAAGGGCCGGGAACUAUAGUGUCUAAAGAUCUGUCGGACCCCGUGCGUUCCCAUAAAGACCUGGAUAAAGAUGCAGCACCACAUUUUCACAAAGCCGUGAAGUUUUAUGAUAAUCUUGCCAAGCAGUUGGUUAGCCAAGGGCAUGUGUUAGAUAUUUUUGCUUCUGCACUGGAUCAGGUUGGAGUUGCGGAAAUGAAAGUGGCUGUUGAAAGAACUGGCGGUCUCGUUGUUCUUGCUGAAAGUUUUGGACAUGCUGUAUUUAGAGACUCUUUUAAGCGCAUUUUUGAUGGCGGCGAACAGUCUCUUGGGCUUUCUUUUAAUGGGACUCUUGAUAUACAUUGUUCGAAGGAUAUUAAAAUUCAAGGAAUCAUAGGGCCUUGCUCAUCCUUGGAAAAGAAAGGACCAUUAUGUGCUGAUGUUGUCAUUGGUCAAGGGAACACAACAUCAUGGAAGAUGUGUGGACUUGAUAAGAGGACUUGUUUGACGGUUUUCUUUGAUGUUGCACCAAGUGAGAAGGCAAACUCGGCAGCACCUGGUGCAAGCCAACAGCUAUAUAUUCAGUUUUUGACAACUUACCAGAAUCCUGAAGGACAGAUGAAGCUCCGUGUAUCAACUAUUACUAGAAAAUGGGUGGAUGGUUCUACUAGUACAGAGGAAUUGAAAGUGCAGGAAUUAGUUGAAGGAUUUGACCAGGAGACUUCUGCUGUUGUUAUGGCAAGAUUAGCUUCACUAAAAAUGGAAGUGGAGGAAGAGUUUGACGCUACAAGGUGGUUAGAUCGUUCUCUUAUUCGCUUGUGUUCUAGAUUUGGUGAUUACAGGAAGGAUGAUCCUGCAUCCUUCAAUUUGAAUCCAAGCUUCUCUAUUUUUCCACAGUUCAUGUUUAAUCUCAGGCGAUCUCAAUUUGUCCAGGUUUUUAAUAAUAGCCCAGAUGAGACUGCCUACUUCCGUAUGCUUUUAAAUCGGGAAAACAUUACCAACUCCGUUGUUAUGAUCCAACCAUCCUUGAUCACGUAUUCCUUUAACGCGCCACCUGCACCAGCAUUACUGGAUGUAGCUUCUAUUGCGGCUGACCGUAUACUUCUUCUAGAUGCUUAUUUCAGCAUUGUUGUCUUCCAUGGAAUGACAAUUGCACAAUGGCGAAACAUGGGAUAUCAAAAUCAGCCAGAGCAUCAGGCUUUUGCACAGCUGUUGCAGGCUCCACAGGAUGACGCUCAUCUCAUCAUCAAGGAUCGGUUUCCAGUACCACGGCUGGUUGUUUGUGAUCAGCAUGGUUCACAGGCACGCUUCCUACUCGCUAAACUGAAUCCUUCAGCCACGUAUAACUCUGCCCAAGAUGUUGCCCCUGGCUCUGAUGUUAUUUUUACGGAUGAUGUGAGUUUGCAAGUCUUCUUCGAGCAUCUUCAGAGAUUGGCCGUCCAAAGCUGAAGAAAGGAAUUGAGCAUCUGUGGCUGCUUACUCUGGCCGCUUAAUGCAUGCCAUAAGCAGAAUGCACUGUACAAGAAUGAUGGCAUGCACAGCUUGCUCUAAUAAAGUAGGUCUCGGCUGAUAGAACGACAAUGAGAAAACAAAACGCACUUAGAGGUGAAAGUGAGAAAUAUUUGCAUCUUUUUCCUUUUCUUUUUGUUGUUUCAUAUAUAUGUCAUUUAUUUUUUUUUUUGCUAAUAUUUUUAAGUGCCUCCGGUCCCCCCUUUCCACCUUUUUCCCUCUGGUGCAUCAACGAUGUUCAAUUGACGUCCUUUGUACUGGAAUUGAUUGAGUCAUGCUAUUUAGUGCAAAAUUUCCUUCUUUGCAUAAUUAAAAGUAAUAUUUGUUGAA